GUUCUUCGUCGUCGUCGCGCGUAUAUUUCGUUUGUACGCCCGUUGUCCGUUGAAUUUGUAGUUUUACUCUUUAUUUUUUGUUGUUCAAUCGGCGUCACCCCUUGGAAAAAGAAUAAAUGCCUAACUAACUUUAAAAAGAAAUAAAAAUUUUAACACCGAAAAAAUUAAAACAGAAAAGUUAACAGUAAAACAAACAUAAGCAAAAUUUUUAUUGAAAACAACGCAAAAAAGUUUAAACAAAAAGAGUAAAAUUUGUUGAUAAAACACAUUCAUAUGUAUAUACAUAUGUAUAUGCAUUUGUAACAAUAUUUGUGGUGAAACAAGAGCAAAAAAAGAAAUAAUCUUUACAAAAAAAGGAUUUCUUUUGGUGUCUCUUCAUUUACUUGAGUAUUCGUAUUCAAGAGAAUUGAGAUAGUCAAAAACUGAAAACAACAAAACAAACUAUAGAGCUAAAACUCACAAGACAACCAACAACAAGCAGAGCGCAACAAUAACAAAGCAACAAAUUUUAUAACUUCAUCCAGCAACAUCUCAUUGCGCGCCGCCAAACAUCCGCAGCAGCAGUGUGUGUGUACCGUGUGUUGUGCUUGGUUGCUUGCGUGUGUGUGAGCACGCGAGAGAAAGCCCAUCACCUUGACAGCGAGAGAGUGAAAGAGCAAGUAGCAGAACAUCAGGACGAGGGAAUUCACUUGAACUGUUGUAUUCACUUACAAAUGGGGAUUAUCAAUUACAAAAAAUUCCAUCAACAGAAAACACCUAAUCAAAUCAUAACACUAACAAAACAAACAAGCAAGGAAUAAUAGUAUUAUUUAAACAUUAUUAAAAUCUUUGGGAGAUCAUCAAGACGCUGCAUAGCAAAAGGACAAUUUUAAGACAAAAGUAAAUAUUGAGCACAAGGACCACAAACCCUACAACAAUAUAGUUUUUAUAACGUAAAACUAUAAACUCUAGGUUUUCUUUUUUACAUUUAUUUUCUUUAUCCUGCCGGUAGAUCAUAAACGGCUUCAAAAUUGGAAAACUUAAGGAAAAUCUUAACCCACAACAUUACCCUCAACAAUUUCAAAACGUAGCCAUAACAAAAAUGGCCACAUCUCCAACACCAUCGUUGGAUUCCAUACGUGGUGGUACAAACUCGAUCGAAUCCUAUAUUGAACACAAUGGUUAUCUUUCUGAUUCUCCACUCACAUUAAGCGGCUCAUCGCCACCUGUCUCCGAUUCGGCAAUGUGCGAUGAUUUCUCCAGCGUUGUGGGACAAACCGUAGUCGGGGGUCAACAUACAAUAUCAGCAUCAGUUUCGUCAUCAGCAUCUAGCACAUCUUCAGCCUCAUCAUCGGCAUCGUCAGCAUCGUCCACAUCGUCAUUGUCAAGCAGUGGUCUCAGUGGUUGUGGAAGUACUUCAAGUAGUGCUUCGAGUACUGCCUCAAAUUCUGGAGGUGGUAAUGGUGGUGGAGGAAGUGGAAACGGACCCGGCGUUAUUGGCAGCGGCAAAGGUAGUCCAUCAUGUCAGACUCUUUUGGGAAACAACGGCAAUGUCAUCAAUGUAACAACAGCAAAUGGAACUGGUGCGGCACCCCGUUGUACUGCCUGUAAAAGUAAACAAUCGGAUGCUGUAGCCAAGUGUUUCGAUUGCAUUAGUUUUUUGUGUGGCAACUGUUGUACGGCUCACGAAUUUAUGCACUGCUUCAAUGGUCACAAUGUUUGCUUGAUUAAAGGAUUUGAUAGUGGCGCCUCCACGCAGAACAAUGCCAACGCACAAAUGACAAUGGACUUUAAAUUCUCCAGUUCGUUAACAAUGAUGCUGCAACAACAACAACAGCAGCAGCAACAGCAACAACAACAGCAACAGCAACAGCAACAACAACAGCAGCAGCAACAAUUGCAAAAGAGCAGCACAACACCGCAACAGCAACCGUUGUCACAAUUAUCCAAAAUCGUAUUGAGCUCGGCCGCUGCCGCAGCAGCUGCGGCUGCCGCUGCCUCCUCAUAUAACCAUGAUAUGGGUUCACCCGACGCUUCAGCGGUUAUGGGCCAAGAUGACAUCUUUUCCAGCAUGUUGCCCUCUUCGAUGAGAAACCAACAGCAUCAACAGCAGCAGCAGCAACAACAACAGCAACAGCUGUUACAAGCAACUCUGCAAAGUCAACAAUCUUUGCUUUGCCAACGACACAAAAAUGAAGUGCUGAAAUUCAGCUGUCGCACUUGCUGCACCUUGGUCUGCAAAGAGUGUGUGGUUCAGGAGCAUUCAUCUGGUAUGCAUGAAGUCGAACAUGUUCAAGAGAAUGGCCUGGGUACGAUGAAUAGUAUAAUGAGUGGCCAGCAGUCGACUCCUGAAACGGUACUUCAAACCGUUUUGGCCGAUUUACGCGGCAAGGUAGGUGAAAUCGUCUCCUUGAUUGGCAGCAAUAAUUCACCGGGUGAUAACCAGAUUCUUAACGGUUCUAAAAUCAAAUUGCAAUAUCAAAAAGCCCAUAAUGAGGUGAACGAAACGUAUCAGUUCUUUUGUUCCAUGUUAGACGAACGCAAACAAGAGCUGAUGAAAGAGCUUGAGGGUUUGUAUAAUGCUAAGAUGGCCACACAUUCCGCAUGGAUACAACGUUCCAAGGAGUUGAUUGAGAAGACUUUGCAAAGCUGCGAUGCCAUUGAGCGUUCGCCUAAAGCACAUACUAUCACUGAGGUCCUGAUGUUGCGCAAGACAUUGGAAUUACAAUUGCAGGCAGCUAUGCAGGAACUUCAAAUGCAUUUUGAAUUGGAAUUCAUGUCCAACUAUCAAUCGAUACAGGCUGGUGUUAGGAACACCUUUGGUUACAUAAGAGCUUCGACGGGUGACAUGAUGCAACAGCAAACAAAACAACCGCCCAUUGCUAGACCCUCACAGAGCACCUCCUCAUCUUCGUCACAUGGUGGUGGCUCUUCAAAUUCCAGUGUUACUGGAGGCUCACACUUGCCCGGCGGCCUGGGUUUGUCGGCCCAGCUUUUAGAGUCUUCGUACUCAAAUGCUCUAUUAGGCGUCCGCAAUCAUUUACAGUCCACACAUGGCUCAGCGUUUGAAGACCUAAUGACAAAACGUUUCAACUCGGCGUCUACAGCACAAGCAGCAACGGCAUUUGUGGGUGUGCCCGUAACCAAUCCAUACGAGAAAUGGAGCAAUGGCGGUUCCGACAAUUUGUUCUCCUCAAAUGCCAAUGAUCCUUUCGGCACCUCAGCAACUCCCACCCAAAUGUUAAGCAAUGGGCUGACGAACGGAUCUGCCUGCACCACCGUAGCUACAACAAACGGUUUAUCCAAUAACGCUUUGACUGCUUUGAAUAUGACAAAUGGCAGCGGCUGCUCCAGCUCAGAUUCCAUUAUGGACUUGACCUCUAAAUUGUUGUCCGCUUCGAUUUACCCACCCAAGUCACAAAUCAAAAGACAAAAAAUGAUCUACCACUGCAAAUUUGGAGAGUUCGGCGUUAUGGAGGGACAAUUCACAGAGCCAAGCGGCGUUGCAGUAAAUGCUCAAAACGACAUCAUUGUAGCCGAUACGAAUAAUCAUCGCAUACAGAUUUUCGACAAAGAAGGUCGCUUCAAAUUCCAGUUUGGUGAGUGCGGCAAGCGCGACUCACAGCUCUUGUAUCCCAACCGUGUGGCAGUGGUACGCAACUCGGGUGACAUUAUUGUAACCGAACGAUCGCCCACACACCAAAUACAGAUCUACAAUCAAUACGGACAGUUUGUGCGUAAGUUUGGUGCCAAUAUUUUGCAACAUCCCCGGGGCGUGACUGUGGACAACAAGGGCCGCAUUAUUGUGGUGGAGUGCAAGGUGAUGCGCGUUAUCAUAUUCGAUCAGAAUGGCAAUGUUUUGCAUAAAUUUGGCUGCAGCAAACAUUUGGAGUUCCCCAACGGGGUAGUGGUCAAUGACAAACAGGAGAUUUUCAUUAGUGACAAUCGAGCCCAUUGCGUCAAAGUAUUCAACUACGAGGGCCAGUAUUUGCGUCAGAUUGGAAGUGAGGGAGUCACCAAUUAUCCAAUCGGAGUGGGCAUCAAUACGAAUGGAGAGAUUUUAAUAGCAGACAAUCAUAACAACUUCAACUUGACCAUAUUCACACAAGACGGCCAGUUGGUAUCUGCAUUGGAGUCGAAGGUUAAACAUGCCCAAUGCUUUGAUGUGGCACUAAUGGACGACGGCAGCGUAGUGUUGGCCAGCAAAGAUUAUCGUCUCUAUAUAUAUCGUUAUGUGCAAGUACCGCCAAUAGGUUUGUAAAUACGACAAACAAAUUAUCAAUAAUUUUUGUUUUACUAUUGAGUCUAUUGCCCUGUGUUCGUUCUAUGGAGAAGCAGUCUCUCUCUCUCUCUCUCACUCUCUCCCUACUUCUACAGUCCGAAAAUCGUAACCUUCCCCAAACAACUCUUAUACUGUAAAUGAAAAAAAGAAAAAAUAACAGAAUGCUAUUGAGAAUUGUUUGUUUUUAAGAUUGAUGAUAUGGACACAAAAACCCAUAUACAUACACACACACACACACGCAAACGCAAAAGUAGUGAUUUAUUUUUAUAAAUAUUAUUAUUACUAUUACUAUUUAGUUACUUGUUUUAGUUAUUAUUAUCAUUUUUAUACAAUUUAUAUACUAUAUAUUUAAAGGAAAAAACAAAAAUUUAAAUGAUGUUGAUGAAUAUGAGUAAGAACGAUGAAUUUCCUCUUGAGAUGAUGACGUUUUGAUAAUGAUGACACAUACAUACAUACAGAAAGGAAACAAAAAAAACGCAGAACUUAUAAGGAUAAACCUUACAUACAUAAUGAAUAGUAAUGCAAAACACAUAGUAGUGAACAUACUACAAACAUACAUAUGUAGGUCGUUAAAAGGUGUAAAGAAAAAAAUUUACACAACAGUUGAAGGUUUUUAUCUUUUCACUAAAACAAAAACAAACAAAACAAAAAAAAAAGCAAAACAAAAAAAAACGAAAACCUUUUUGCAACAAAAAUGGACUGAGCUUUGUUUUGAUUUUUCUUAAAAACAAAAAAAAAAAACAAACGAAAACCACAAACACAAGUUAAUGAUGAUGCUUUUUUAAUUCUAAACUAUAUUAAGGAAAUAUCCCUUAUUUAAUUGUAUGUGUAUUCUCCCUUAGGUUAGACAUUUUUUUGCGACAUUCUUGAUCGCUUCACUUUUCCCCUUUUGUUUUUAUUUUUAUACAGUGUUCUGUUUUUAGUUAAUCACACACGACUGAGCUUUUUGAUGAUUUUAAAUUCUCUCACACUUGGAGAGUGUAGAAAAGGCUCUUUGACUAUAUAAAUAUCGCUCUAUCUCUCGUAGACACUCGUUAAUCUCUAGGUUUUUAGGCUUAUAAGCUCUCUCCCUCUCUCUCUCUCUCUCUAGACUUUGCUUAGGUUAAAGAAAAGAGGGAAACACAGGAACUAUUGAAAAUUUUUAUUAUUUUUUUAAGAUUUGAAUUGAGAAUGGGUAAUCUCUUUGUUUUGAGAAGGACAUCUUAAAACGUAACAGGUUUUGUUUUGAAAAGCUCAGUUUUUUGACAUUUAUUUUGAUUUUGUAUCAUGUAAAUCUCGCUCCCUGUGUUCUUUGUCAAUCAUUUUUAUUUAAUAAAUUAUUUUUAGGACAAGUUUUGUUAUUUUUGUGGGCCCCCUUUUCACACGUAUUCAAUCAAUCACUCACUCACUCACCCACUCGCUCGUCACACCUCUUAUUUUCGUUCGCUUGCAUCUUGAUUCCAUGACAAAUCUUUUUAGUCCCUUUUUAUGUUUUAAAUUAUUUAUUUGAAGAAAAAAAAGAAAAGUACAUGUUUUUCUGUUCUCUCUGUUUUUAUUGUUGAGGUAUGUCUAUUGUAAGGUAUUUUGUUUUUUAUGUUUAUGAUUUUAUUAAUUUUUAGCUUAUUUUUUAGUGAAACUAAUUUGAAAAAUUUCACAUAAUAUUUUGUAUGUAGCAAACCACAUAUUUUGUUUAUGGUAAUAUUUUUUUUUUUAAAUUAAUGUUUUUUUUUAUUUUGUAUAAAAAUUAUAAGAUUUUUAAAUUUGUAUAAUUCAUGUUUAGUUUUUUUUUUUUUUUUUUGACUUGAAUUUUUCUUUUGUUAUAUUUUUUUAGAAUUUCUUUCAAUGAUAUUUUUUUUUUUAAUUUUUUAAAAGUUUGUUAACAUACAAAGAAAAAAAUUCACAAAACAACAAAAACCACCAAGAAAGCAUAUUUUUAAUUAUUAUUUUUUUUACUAUUAUUAUUAUUAAAUAUACUCGCAUUGAUUUUCUUUGUUAAAUGUUUAAGAGAAAAAGUAUGAAUGGCAAAAUGUUUUUAAAAUAAACUAAAGCAAAACUAUAAAACAAUAAAAUUAAUUUUUUGUUUUUGUGUUGGAAGUAUAAACACUGCCAAUGUUUUGUUUUAGUUUAUUUUGAUUUAAUUUAAAUAUUUUUUUAACUAUUUUUAUUUUUUUCAAUAAUGUAUUAAAAACAAAUUUAUUUAUUUCCAUAAAGAAAAAAAUUUUUUUAAAAUACACUUAGCAACUAUUAUCUCCCAAUCACUCCUCCUUCUCCUUUUCCCUAAUACAUCCUAUAGCCUGCCACCACCGCCACCGCCACCCUCUGCUAUGAAUUUGUAUAUUUUAGUUUUUAUGUAUUUUUGUGUGUUUUUAAUAUUUUUUAUUAUUAUUUUUUGAUUUGAUUUGUUUAUAUAAGAACUGAACAAUUUUUGUGCGAAGCGAAAUAAUAUGACGACUUUUGUUAAUUUUUUUAUUAUUAUUAUUAUUAAUUAUUGAAAUUGAAAACCCGAAAAAGUAAUAAGAAACUCAAAAUAUUUUUUUACUAUUUAAAUACAAAAUAUAAAAACUGUUGAUUUUUUCAUAUUUUUUAAAAUAAAAACAAAAAAUUCCAAAAAAAGAGAAAAUAUAUAUAUUAUUGAUUUUUAUUGCGUACAGCCGCGCACCACGAAAGAAAAACAAGUAUAAAAACAAUUGUCAAAACAUUAAAAAGAAAGAAAGAAAAACAAACAAAAAAACCUUUGGCAAUCAGUUGAAAAGACUUGGCAUGAAAAACAAAAAGAAAUAUCACCUUUUUAUAGUAGAAAAAAAAUGUAUUUUCGAAUUCUAUUCAAUGUUUUAAAAAUUUUAAUACAAAAAAAAACUGAAAAAUUAUUCACAAAUGUAUCUCUUGCUUAAAAGCUGAUAAUAUGAAGCAUUUUCUUUAAAUUUUUUCCAAACACAGCAAAAUUAACCAUUAGAAGAAAAGAAAACUAUAGCAUUUGCACAGUAAAGGGGACUUGUAAAAUUUAUUUUUCAUAUGUUUGCCGAAACCACUUAAACUUUGUCAAUUUGAUGUGUGCCAGUACAACCAAAAUCUGCUGUUUUCCCUGUAUAAAAUCUAAGCUAAUUUCAUUGAAUUGCCUUGUGAAAUUAGUUAACAAAUUUUAAUGGUUUUGCCGUAUGAUUUCUUGAACAAUUAAUAAAUAAGUGAAUUUUGCUAAGUAGAUUUAAUAGAGAAUAGGUUUGUCAGUAAUUAUAACGCUGCGUUAUUGUAGGUGAGUGUUUACCCACAUGUAUUAUUGGCAUUAAAGGUUGCAUUUUAAGGAUUUUUUUUGUUUAUGUUUUCAUUUUCAAGUUUUUUGCCUGUUAGGGCGAUGAUCAUUAAAUAUCACAAUUUUUGUUUGUUUCUCUUUCGAGGCGAGCCUUAUGAUAGGAGAUUUUCUUUGCAAAUGGAAAGGAAAGACAGAGAUCGUGACACACCAACCAACUAUGGGACGCGUUUCGUCUUUGGCUAGAAGAAUUUUCAACCAUAUUGGGUGUGAUGGCUUCAAGGGUCGUGCGUUGGUAUGUGUUGCCCUUGAAGCCAUCACACCUAAUAUGAUUGAAAAGUCUUCUAACCAAAGGCUAACGCGUCCAUAGUGGUUGGUGUGUUGCUAUCUCUGGCUUUCCUUUCCCAUUUUCGAAGAGAAUCUCCGAUCAUAAGCUUUGUCAAUUUGAUGUGUGCCAGUUCAAAUUGACAAAGUCAGAGAUGCCAAAGAUCGCGACACACCAACCACUAUGGGACGCGUUCGCCUUUGGUUGGAAGACUUUUUCAACCAUAUUAAGUGUGAUGGCUUCAAGGGCAACAUACCAACGCACUGCCCUUGAAGACAUCACACCUAAUAUGGUUGAAAGUCUUCUAACCAAAGACAAAACGCGUUCCAUAGUGGUUGGUGUGUUGCGAUCUCUGGCUUUCCUUUCCAUAUGCAAAGAAAAUCUCCAAUUUUUUUGUAUUUAUACUUAAAAUGUAGACGAAAACUUAUAUUUUAGAAAUUACAUAUAUUUCCAAUAUCUAGUAAAUGUAAUGUAUCGCCUUUUUGAGGAGAAAAUAAACAGGUAGUGUUUUCAUAAUGGCAACAAUUUUUACAAUUUUCUAUCCACCCAAAGAAUUAAUUUUUUUUUUAUUUUAAAACUUUGUUUUGGGUUGUUGUCAUUACUCUAAAAUGUUAAAAGUUUUUGUUCAAGUUUAUUUUAUUUCUAGGCAAAUUUAAAUAUUUUUUUUUUACUAAACAAAACUUCUGGCUAACGCCGCUUUUAAAUGUCUUCAAUUGGAUAUAAAACACCAAAUAGAAAGUUUUUAUUUCCAUUUUUAUAUAUACAGGAUUUUUUAGAAAUUUAUUUUAUUUUCCUAGAGUCCAUUUUCAUAAAAUUUUUAUAAUUUUUAGAACAAACUAUUCUUAUUACCACAAACUUUAAAUUGAAAAAAAAUUAACACAUAAAAAUAAAAUUAAAGGAAAAGAAUGAUAUGGAAAAUUAUUAAAAAAGAUACAAGUAAAAUUAAAAAAAUUUAAAUUUACAUAAUACAAAAAUUAAAUUACAAUAACAACAAAAAAUGUAUAAAUUAAAAAAAGUUUAAUAAAAAAAAUAAAUAAAAUUCAAUACAAAUCAAUUAACUAAGAAAAAUAACAAAAUCAAAAAAAAAUAAAUUUUAAAUGUUAAAAAUACCAAAAAAAAAAUAA